CACAGAGUAUUUUCUGAGUAUAAAUAGUGCUUUAUACUGACUGACAAUGACACAUUCUAUGUGGGAAGGUGGCAACUUCAGAUUUAUAUUUUUAUCCUCUGAAGAUCAUUUCAGUCUCGUUUUUAACCAGAAAAACACAGGAAGACAGCGGCUGACUACAGAGGUGCAAGGAAUGCCUAAAUCUGAGAGAGAGGGUGACAAAAGAGCGAGUGGGAGAGAAAAUGAACAACGGGAUGCAUCUCCCCCUCUUUUAUCCAAAUCUUCUUCCCCACAGCCGGUGGAACAUCUUUCUUCUGGGGUCCGUUGUGUGAGUGAGCUUAAUUCUCUGAGAGCUGCUGAUGAGUUUGAACGGAUGCAGUUUCUUCAGCUGAUGUUUCAGAAUUUCCAGACCGUUCCUAUCAGGCCAUCUGUACUUCGCUCUCCGGCUCUCCAGCUUCAGGCAAAUGAGGGCAACCCAAUAGUCAUGAACAAAAGAAAAGACAUAGGUCACAGUGCGCAGACUUUCAUGCAAGCUGUCUCUGGAUCAAGCCAGCACAGGAAACAAUCUUCCAGCUUUCAUUCUCACAGCCCAGUCGAGUCAGAAAUCCAGAGAUCCAACUCUCUUUUUGUAAACGGACAAUGUCGCUGGCCAGGCUGUGAUAAAGUCUUUGAAGGGUAUACACAUUUUUUGAAACAUCUGAACCAAGAGCACAGCACAGAUGAGAAAACAAUUGCACAGUGGCGAGUUCAGCAAGAUCUGGUACACAACAUGGAGAAUCAGCUCAUUCAGGAGAAGCAGAAACUUCACGCGAUGCAACUUCACCUUCAACUGCUUGAAUGCAUCUCGACACGUACCGGGGCUGCUCCAGGCUGUUGGAGGCCGCUGGUACCAAAUUUGCCCCAGGUGGGGGAGCCAGAUGGCAGGACAGAGAGAGCUAGUGAAGCACCAGUACAACAGGAACCCUGGCACAUACUCCUACCACACCUGCUGCCAGAUUUUGUUAGCAGCGUUGAAUACUACAAAUAUGCCAAUAUACGACCUCCAUAUACUUAUGCUUUCUUAAUCAGAUGGUCAAUUCUAGAAGCCCCAGAAAAACAGCGGACGCUAAACGAAAUUUACAACUGGUUCACAAGAAUGUUCUUCUACUUCCGUCAUAAUUCUCCUACAUGGAAGAAUGCUGUGCGACACAAUCUUAGUCUCCACAAAUGCUUUGUGCGGGUGGACGGGAGGACAGGGGCUGUGUGGACAGUGGACGAGGAAGAGUUUCAGAAGAGAAAAGGGCAGAAAAUCCACAGGGACUACACUUUGAAAUGGCUGACACCCUUCUCCCAUUGUUCAUCCCACGAAGCCUCAGAUGUAUCAGUAAAAGCCACAAAUUCUCAGUGAAAUGAAGUGAAAGUGAAUUAUGCAGAAAAUCAAUAAGUUCCGCUUUAGAUGUCAGAGAUUUAGUAGGCCUAUUAUCCUCAAGGAUGGAAUAUUUGUUAAUAUUCAUUUUUUUGUAUCUCUGAAGAAAUGCCAACUAGUCUUCCUUAAAAUAUGACGUUACUGUCUUGCUUUAUAUAAUUUUAUGUAUGUGAUGUAAUACAAAAUACGACAGCAAUAACAUAUUAGAAAAGUCAAAAUGAUUCCGUGUUUCACUUUGACGGACCAGACUCCAACCUGACCAGAAGAGGGCAUCUGUGCGCGCGCACAUUUUUUGGGUGUGGUAAUUCUGUAACAGAGCAGGCAAAGACAAAAAGCAUCAAAACUGCUGGAAUGAAAGACAAAGAAAUUUCCUCUCCACAUUUUUAAAUCGUAUUCUGAUCCUUCUUACUCUGUAAAACUACUCAAAACUGAGCCACUGAAUCAGGUCAAGGUCAAAUUGUAGGCUAUGUUGAAUCAAAUAUGUCUUAUGAAAUGACUCACCACGUUAAUUUGAAUUAGAAUUCUAUGCUUUAUCUGCUUAUACUUCAUCAGGACACUUUUUAAACCCUAUUUUGCACAUUUGUGAAUUCAUGUUGCAGUCUAAAGGUGGAGAGUACAUAAAUCAACUGCAUCUGCUCCCCUGUGGUUCUCUGUUUUGUCUUCCAGCUUGAUGGGAAUGCAUCCACCCCUCAUGAUGCUUCAGCCUAUGCUUUUGUGCUCCUCUGCCACCACAGGCUUUUGCUCACCCGUCAAUUCCAGUGCCACUAUGUGAAUUGUCACAAUGUCAUUGAUAUAUAACCUAUUCACCAAUACAUGGAUAUAAAUCUUACAUUCAUUACAACUUCCGCUAAGUAAAAUAGUGCGUACCAAAUAGCCUACUUCAUGUGACACAAAUAUGCCUUCAGUGUGAUACAAAAAUCAUGAACAAAUGGGCUGCCUGGACAAAUCAGUUGAGAUGGAACAAACAAUGCAACAACAAACAAUGGAACAAACAAUCUAUUUAACAAAUUGCUCAGCCGAGAAAUAAAUAAAUUGAUGCACUGGAAACACUUCACUCUGAUGACACCUGCUGGUCAAAACAGUAAAGGUGAACACAACCCAAAAGACAUCUUUUACAAACCAAUUUAUGUUUGAUGAAAGUAUAACUGAAAGUCAAUGAAUUCAGUUGAUUAUGAAGUGUGUAUAUAAUUUUUAUUCUUUUUUAAGUUGUAGUGUUUGUUUUAUUAUUUUAGGCAGGACUUGACUAAGAAAGCCAAUAAGAAACUAUUUUCACUCUACCUUUUUAAUUAUGCAUGUUUGUUGAAAUUAAAAUCAUUAGAAACGAAGCCUUGUUUGCUGCGAUCAUGUGACUAUAGCUAUCUAUAAUGUUCUUAAAUAAUUAAGAAUCGUGUAAUAAACUUAAUUUUAAGAA